CUGAUUCCAUAAAAACCGUAUAUUUGAAAAUUAUUCUACUGCUCUGCCAUCCCCUUCAAAGUAGUCCUCUUGGGCAGCUAUACAGCGAUCCCAGCGCGUUUUCCAUGCUUCGUAACAGUUCUGGAACGCUUCGACUGGGAUGUCGCGAGUACCCUUGUCACGGCCGCCUGGAUGUCCGUAGUCGAUUCAAAAUGGGUUCCUUUGACCACCGAUUUUGUUUUAGGAAACAAAAAAGUCACAGGGUGACAUGUCAGGAGAAUAAGGCGGCUGUUGCAACACGGCGAUCCCUUUAGAGACCAAAUACUGGGACAUGCUGAGGGCGGUGUGGCACGGUGCGUUGUCGUGAUGAAGGAUCCAGCUACGAGCGAUGUCUGGGUGUACUCUGUUGACUCGUUUUCGGAAUCUUUCGAGUAUUUGGCAGUAGUAGACUUGAUUCACAGUUUUCCCCGGUAGAACGUAUUCUUUGUGGACGAUUCCACGGCUAUCAAAAAGGCAAUAAUCAUCGUUUUCACCUUCGACUUGCUCAUGCGAGCUUUUUUCGGGAGGGGGCGCGCGGAGACAACAAUUGUGAGCCUGGCCACGACUAAGAGCACUAUCACCAUACACUCUUACAAUUUUAGCGUACGUUUCUGAAGCUGUUUCGCCCAAUCUGGCGCAAAAUUUUAUCGCGACGCGUUACUCUUGGUUUCGUUUUUCCAUUUUCGUGACGAGCACUACAAACACACGUCUCCUCAACUUGACGCAGCAGGAGAACUAAACAAGCUAGAGCGAUGGUACAUAUAUCAAUGGAGAGGAAAGGGAUGCCGGAAAAAGAGAAAGCGAAUUUCAAGGUCACAGGUUUACCGCAAUCGCGGCAAUAAAAUCAGUCUCAUUACUUAAUUGUCAAACCUCGUACAUACAUAAUAUCAAGUUUUUUUUACGUCGUUUACGUUUAAAGUCGUUGAAAGCAUACAAAUUACAGCUUUUUCAAAAAGAACGAAUUUUCCAAGCGUAAUCGCGUGGCGCGCUGUUGUUAACUCGGCUAUAAUCGCGUAAGCGGUGUCUACCCCAAUUAAGAAGAAGAAGAAUCGCUUUGCUAUAUGGCCUCUCGUAAAGUUCACAGAUGAUCCGUUGUUUUCGAGCCACAUUUUGUUUAGCGAUGAGGGCCAUUCCUGACUCAAUGGGUGCGUAAUUGCCGCAUUUGGGACAAAGAGCAAAAUGAAGGGAUUCUAGAUGUGCCAUUUCAUCCAGAAAAAAACAACGGUUUGUUUUGGUUUUUAGCUUAAAACAUUCUCUCUGCUAAUUUACUUAAUUUAAUAUUAGGUUUAUUAUAUAAUAUUUGAACAGUUGCUUCCUAUGUACUUCCAGUAGGUGGUUACUUCCGCACUUAACGUAAUUUAAGGAAACUUUGGACGCUAGUCAGUCACAGUCAACGCAAAGCACUACAAUGUCGCACACGCACUUGAAGUUAGUAAUUUCUGCUUUCAUGUUUCUGUGGCUAUGCCACAGAACAACAUUAGCAGCUAAGGCUAGUCUUCGGAUAACUGGUGGUCGAACUACGACCAUUGCAAGGGCACCUUAUAUGGUGCAAAUCCGUUACAAUGGUAAAUUCGAGUGUGGUGGCACUUUGAUAUCGACAACUCACGUCCUGACAGCUGCACAUUGUAUCAAAGGCAAGAGACGCGCUGGUUUCAUCAUACAUGCAAAUACCACUAGGUUAUCACAGGCGGGCAUAAGACGCCGCGUCUCAAGAGCGUUCGUGCCGCGUAGAUUUACGACAGCAACUAAAAGAAUGGACGUGGCUGUAUUGAAGUUAGCCGCAGCUAUCAAUGGCACCUAUGCACAACCGAUUGGCCUGUGCAAUACUCGAUUGACUGCUGGACUUAGAAUGACAAUCUUAGGCUGGGGAACGACUUCGGAAAGUAGUAGUCGUGCAUCGAAUGUUUUGCGUAGAGUAAAUGUACCAGUUAUACGAAAAGCGAAAUGCCGAAGACAAUAUAGGAAUAUUCAAACUCUGACAAGGACCAUGUUUUGUGCUGGCGUUCCUGGGACCAAAGACUCAUGCUCGGGUGAUUCUGGUGGCCCGGCAGUACACAAUGGACGUGUGUGCGGCAUUGUCUCGUUUGGUUAUGGCUGUGCACGUCCAAACUAUCCUGGUGUCUAUACGAGUGUACCGAUGGUGCGGAGAUUUAUAAACCGUGCAUUGGCACAAUAAUGUCAAUAUCUAUUGUAAUUUGUUUUGUUUACCGCAAUAAAUAUUUACCCGAAUUCUUAGUUGGAAAAAGUUAAUAAGCUUAUGUUUUAUUUGCUGUUUACAGUGUCUGCUUUGCUGAGGAAUUACAGUUGUAGUGUUGUUUAAGCAUGAAGUUCAGGGUCAAGUAUAAUACCAAGUACAAAGGGUGCUCUACUUGAGUAAAAAAGCAUUAUAGCAGAUGAAUUUUAUGAUUUUUUUUUUUUUGAAAUAAAGCUAGUCUUUCUAUAUUGAAUUAAGUAUUCACUGCAAAUCGGUUGUGAAUACCUAUACCACAAGAUUUCCGAGUGGAAUUUAUGGUUUAUAGAAUUUUUAUGUAUAACUGAACAGGUUAUACAUACGGAAGGAGAAGGAAGUGACGACUCUAUUAAAAAUAUAUAUAAAUAAUCAGCGUGACAAUAUGAAUCGAUUUAGCUGUAUGUCUGUCCGUCUGUUUGUAUACUCUAUACUAUAGCAUAUUGCUGUCAUAGGAACUGAACGAUGAAAUUAAAGUUCUUGUAUGGAAAACUUGUUGACAUACAUAAUUUGACGAAAUAUCU